AUGAACCAAGUCAUAUGACCAAUCGUAAUCAAAACAAAAAGAAAGAAUGGCAGAGGCUGUCCGAGAAAAACCCCGAAAAACAAAGGUGAAGACUAAACCCAAGAUCAAACAUGUUGCAGAGCUGCCGAUUGUAUCUUCUUCCACAGUGGCUCCAUCUGUUGCAGAGCUGCCGAUCGUAUCUUCUUCCACAGUGGCUCCAUCUGUCACGGAAGACAGUGGAAAUAUCAAAACUUCACAGAUCACCGAAAAAGACAAAGAAGAAAGGACAGUGGAAACAGUGACAAUAAAACCAGAGAGUGAUAUUAAAGAUCAGCCUCAGGAUGUAGAACAAGGGGACAGCAAAGAAGAAGGGGCUGGUUUAGACACGGGACAAAAGACGGAAAAAAAUGAAAAUAAACUUGUCACUUCCGAUAAACUUGUAGAAAAUAUCUUAGAUGUAGAAAAGUUAGAAACUAAUAUAGUUAAUAACGAUUUAGAAAAUCAUAAUACGGAAAACAUUCCAUUUAGAAAUGAUGAAAUCCAAUCAAAUAUUGAGACUGAUAUCAAAACUUGCGACCGGGGUAAUGCAAAUAAAACAGUGGAAACUGUGGAGAAAGCAAACGUUGAAAAUACCUCAGGUCUGUUAUCAGACAUGGCUGCAGCAGGUGAUAAAAUUGAAACAUCAGAAUUCGGUGGACUCAGUUCUGAAACUGUUACAGCAUUUCCAGACUUAUCUAGUUCUAAUAUUCCUGUACAACCUGAAUUAAACAUUUAUCCAGAUAUAAAUAAAUUAGGUAUAGUAGAUUAUACAGUAGAGGACGUAUUACGGGUAAGCGAACAAGAGAAUACGUUGCUCAGUGAAACUCAAGAAUUAUCAGAGACAAUCACAUCAAACGACUUUCGUGUGAAUCUAGAAAUUGAAGCAAACACAAAUGUUGAAAGGCUUUACGAAAACACGAUAAACACAACAGAUACAGCUGAAGUACCAGUAUGUGAAAAUGAGGCUGUAACCAUGACAACUGAUGUACUGAUAUCUGAAAAUGAGGCUGUUGCCAUGACAACCGAUGUACUGGUAGCUGAAGAUGAGGUCGUGACCAUGACAACUGAAGAACAAUCACAACCAGCUGUACAAGCAGAUGAGCAAAAUGUUUCUGUUCCAGAAAGCAACAUGAAAACUGUUACGGAACCAGAAAAUAUUGUCGAACAAACCAGAGAGCCAUCCAAAAAUAUUUCUGGAAAUAUUGUCGCUAGUGCGAAACCAAAUUAUUUGAAUCAAGUAUCCGUAGAUUCUAAUGUUUCGUCGCAAUAUGAGAUCCUUACAGAAACAGACUUUGAAGGCACUUCGACUGAAGAAGGUCAAGUAACGUGUCCUAAAGAAAUAGCACAAGACGAAUCGCCACUUGACGUUAAUCUGGAAGAGGAAGAAUAUGUAUUUCCCACGUCAGCUGAAGAAGAGGCCAGAUUAAAGUCUGUACGUGAAGCUAUGGAGGCCAGGCGUAUUCAUUUCAUCCACGAAGUUGGUUCUUGUUUUAAACCAAUGACGUUUGAGCAGUUACAACAGUUGUAUUACAAUCCCCAGUUGAUACAGAGUACAGCUUUUAUAGACCAGUUUGUCAUGAAUGAAGGUAAAAAGGAGAGCCAUCCAUUCCAUGAGAUAUUGUUGAAUUAUUUUCGUGCUCGUAAAAAUUUAUUGAGUGCAGAAGAGAAUGUGAAGUUAUUACAGAAUGAAUACAGUCAGUUACAGGAAGAUAUGUGGAUUUUAACAUCUCAUACUGUCAUAGCUCAGGGAAUGUGUGGUGAUAAAGCGAGAGUGUCGACAGUACAUUCAUAUCAACAAGGUGAACUAUGUAAAGAAUCUUUAAACAACAUGUCAACAACACUACAAACAAUACGAGAUGAAAUUAUAGAAAAAAUAUCACUCUUUGCUUAUUCUGCUCAAUUAUCAAGGUUACAAGUGGAGUCGUACUUAUACAACUUAUUUUUGACGUGUCCAGCGUUACGAGAUAUUCCUAAAAAUGCUCCUGUACAAGCCCACACCCGACAUAAAUUACAACUUGUUCACCAGAUUAACAGAUUGAAAGAUUGUAUUUCUGUUCUCUUCGCUUUCCACAGACGACCGUGUCGUGAUCAGGAAUUCACCAAAAAUAUCAGAAAAUGGACAGACAUAUUGGUAGGUGUCUUAUUGCGAGUGGCAACGUUUGAAGAUCAUUGUUUUAUAUUGAAUCAUAUUUUACGAUGUCCAGGUGGCGCUGGUCAAUGGGCAUCUAAGUUAAUACAGAUACCAGUCCCGACUACAGCUAAUGAAGGGAUGUUCGGAGGCCCUGUUUUAGAUCAUGUGGUCGUUUGUUUGGCAACAGUUUUACUUCCACCGAAAGGCAGAGAAGAAUUUAUGUGUCACAUGAGAAUAUCUCAAAGUCCAGAAAGUUUAAAUCAAGAUGCUACGUGGAUUCUGGUAGAUUCGGAUGGAGAAGAGGAUGAAGACCCUGUUAAUGCCUGGUUAUAUUUACAUGAGAAUGAUAUUGUUGCAAUAUUAAAACAAUUUCCUAUUUCUGCUGUUUUCUCACAUAUAUUGAUGGUUAAAACAGAUACUAUUGGUUCUGUAUUCUACGAUAUAAGUCAUACGAAUGAAAGUGUGAUGUUGAAGAUAUUUGCGUUCUGUACGUGUUGGAUAGAUUUAUUAGGUCGUGGUUUACAGACGUACAGUAUGGCGAGAUAUCGGCAACUCAAUAAACGCAUCGGCAAGAUGAUUAGAGAGACGGUGGCGAUUGUAUCUAAUCAUUGGGAGAAUUAUAAAACGAGUUUACUACAACCACGAUCUGUAGCAGACGGACUUCAGGCCGAGUUUGAUCAGUUCUUUAUGAGAGCUACUUACUGUAUACUUACAGCUCAAAAGUUGGGUUCGUGGCAGUUUAUGGCCAACAUGCCUUUUACUUGUGUAUCUUCUAACAGUAUGUGGCAGUUACUAUGGAUACUACAUCAAGGUCAAGGUCAGGAACUAGAUCUCGAUUCGAUGCCAACCGUUGAGAAAUGUAAAGAGUAUUUAAAAGAUCCCAACAGUAGAAAUCAGCUGGUGGAUAAUUUAUUGACGCUUCAAUCAUCUGAAACAAUUUAUCUUCUCACAACGUUUGCUAACAUGGCGGAAAGUCGACCAACAACAGAAAUAGAUUUUAUAGAGAGUAUAACAGUCGAGGUCUUUCAGAUUGCCUAUGUUUGUGAUCAUACACGUGAAUUUUGUUCUAAAGUUGGUAGAGAAUUAUUAUCAGGAAUCUUAGAGAAACAUCCAUAUACUUUCUCUGUUCUACUGCAAUCAGUUCGUAAAAAUAUGAAACAGAGUGGAUCAAUGGCGGUAUAUUUAUUUCGUGAGUUGCCACUACAUCAGAGUCGUCCCACGGAUCCUGAUAUGUUGGUCAUCAGACAGUGGUUAUUACAGUGUGAGUUAACCUCGCGUGAAAAUCAACUCGCUCGACAUAUUCUUUCAAAUCUUAACUGGGAUGUCAGUCCACAGCAUGGUAUGAUAUUACCGCUACGUAUACACAGACAGGUGGCACUACUGAUCGUCGAAGCUUAUCGUAAAUAUAUCAGUAAUCGUAACUAUAGUUUACUUAUAGCAGAAGGAAUCAGACAGGUAGCAUCAGUAGUUCGACAGAAUGUAACGAUUGAACAACAGUUGAGUAACUGGACCUGGGAUCUGGCACUCAGACUCAAAUUACACUUCCAUAGUAUUACAGUAGAUAAUCACGGAUUGGCUAGUGAUUUUCAACCGUGUCAUUUAGAUGAAGAUGAUUGGCUGUUACCGAUCGUGAAAGGAAUAAAAGAAAAGAAUCCAUUAUCAUGUUAUCUUGGUUUACUCAUGUCCAGUAAAACACACAGUGCAAGGGAGUUUGUUGAAAAGGGACUUGAUAUUCUGGGCUCUCUAGUCACUGCUAACCAGUUCACUGCUGUAAUACACAUAUUAAACUGUGUUUGUCCUUAUUUUCUAUCCAGUCCAGCUUAUUUAACAGAUAAUGAAAGAUUUAUAAAGAUUUUACAGUCAACUAUCUGGGCUGAUGAAACGUUAUAUAAAAUGGCGAAAUCUGUGAUAACGUCUGAUUUCCCUGGCAACAUAACGAUACAGUUUAUUACCAUGAUACAGAAUGAAGUAAGUAAAAAGAGAGAAUUAUUUCAAUCUCAGCUAGUUAUAUUAUUCUGGGUUCGAGGUGUAACUAGAAUCAAUAGAUGGUAUCAGGACAGAAAUUGUUGUUAUAUAUUGAACAAGUUGAUUGAGGUAGCCUUCACACUCGAAGGUUUAAUACCUCAAGUAGAGGCCAUCUUUCAAGAUUGCUUUAUGAACUUAAUAAAAGAAUCGGGUCAACAAGGCGUGAUGUCUUCUGUUGUAAGCUGGAUAUCGUCCGGUGUAUAUCUUCCUUCGUUUCUAGAGAAAUCAUCAAGUCAAGAGUUUGUGUGGUUAGCCUAUAUUAUAUUGAUGCUAGAGAAACAUUACGAAGUUGGAUCACGAAUCUGGCCAUCGUUACAAGAAGAAUUGUAUGGAAAUCAUACCAUUACAGUUGAUCAAGCUUUAAAGAAUGUUAUACAUAAUUUAAAGUUACAACAUGCUCCAGCCUUACAUCGUUUAAAUAUUUAUCGCUGGGCGUUACAGGCCAUGGACACGCCGUACGAUCAUAUACUAUUACCGUUACUAUGGCAACAGUUCUUCCUUCUCUUCCUUGGUAGAAGUGUUACAGAAACCAGUGUUCCACAUCGGGCAAGUAUUGGUGAGCGUUUUUUCUCCAGCCUCGGCCAUUCAUCCAUGUUGAAAAUGAUGAAGAAGAAUUUGUCAGAAACGAUUGAAAAACUCCACAAAGAUAUUCAGGAAGCGACAGAAGAACGAACAGAAAAUCAAAUAUUGAAUACGACAUUAGAUCAAAAUAAUAUCCAGUUAAAACAGAGAUUACUGAGAUUGUAUCAAACUAUGGUAUUAUGGCUGGAGGAACCAAGACUACACGAUGCUAACCUCUAUCUUCCUUCGUUACCACCUCAAUAUGAUGCGUCAAAACUUUUACUUCUCUUUCAAAAUAUACAGAAUCCAUGGAUGGAAUUUGUCGAUUUAAAACAGAUUUGUGAAGAUAUUGAAUCAAGUGGCGUUGAUUGGAGGAAAUUGAUCACAUGUCGACCUUCUAGAUCACCAACUAUCAAUCAAAAUCAGUCUCAUACAGCAACAGAGAAAAUUGUACAUUAUUUAAAGAGAGAUAGUUUGUUGUUGGCGGCACCAGGCCUAGUGACGUUAAAACCUGCUGUUCCCGAUAUCUCCGUGGUUAUUAUAGAAGAUAAAUCAUCCUUGCUACAUCUGAUUAACGCAGACAUUAAUAUCAUUAAUCAAUAUGCUGGUAUAUUUACUGAUCGUGUUGAUAGACAUUGUGCAGCUGAUAUGGGUUACGUAGAUCUACUUCCGUCACUUUAUUCUAACCAAUGGAAACAGGUGAUGAUACCUGUAGAAUGUACCAGUAAAGUUAAUCCACUACACAGGUGUUCUAAUCCUGCCGUUGUUAAUCUUAGGAUAGAGGAACGAGAGAAGAAUGAAGUAAUACAGAGACAAAUAGAUGAGAAUCGAGCUGAAUAUAAACAAAUAAUGAUAGAAGGUUUGCUACCUCCACCACAGAAUGUUUGUAUAGCUGCUGUACAUGUAGAAAAUGCCAUCACAGCAUUAAUCAAAUUAGCUCAAGCCACAACAACGGAUGAGAAAGUGACACGUUUAUUUGAUAUCGCUAAUACGUUAUUUUAUCAGUUAGCUGCAUUUAUCACAGAAGAAACCGAAUUUUAUCCGCCAUCAAAACAGUUCUUUCAAUCAUGUAUAGAAAUCAUUGGACAGGAAUUUAUCUCUCGAGAUCCAAGACAAACACAGAAUGUAUUACAGUUUAGUCUGGAUAAUCCAAGUCGAUCAGGAUUAACCAGUCCACAUUUUAACCCCAACAACAGUUCACCGAUAUUUGUUGGAUUAUAUGAACAAUUGAUUUCAGUUCUGAAGAAACAGAAUCUCGAUCUCGUCUUUAUGCUGUUAACUAAGUUUGAUGUCUGGCUGUGGUUAGAAAAAGGACGACCAUCAGAAGAUGAAGUUAAGAAAUUUAUAUCUAUACUAGGAUCAGCGUUGAUGACCUGUGGUGCCGAACCUGAGAAACAAACAAAAAUUAUCUUUGAUUUGUAUUGCAGUCAUUUACAGUUGGUUUUACAACAUAAUUAUCCAUGUCACAUGACAGAUGUUCUUUCAGUACUCUUACAAGGUUCAUCAUUAGACAAGAUCCAUGUACAGUGUUGGGAGAUGUUUUUGAUGGCCUGUUUUACGUAUAUACCAACAUCUACCGUGGAAGGUGGCCGUAAACCAUCAUUAGUGUUUAAUAUAGAACAAGUUGAAACUUGUAGAGAUACACAACUCAGUACCAUACAGGUGAAUGAGAUAUUAAACUGGUUAUCAAGCUAUUUUAUGCAAGUCAGAUCACAGACUAAUACUGGGGCAUUAUAUGGUUUAUAUCCUACAUGGGGUCGUUAUAUACCAUAUAUAUCACAACUUAUAGCUACACUCACCAGAUGUCUGGUUACUAAGAUGAUGUUCAACUUGAAAGAAAUCGACCCGUAUCAAGUACUGGAUGUAGUUUGGCGACAGACAACUACUGUAUUCGCUCCCUGGAUUGAACCAGUCUGGCAUAAUAACCAAUUGAUAUCACCAUGGCAUGAAGGAGAUGAUCUGGUUGCUAUGGAAAUGAUUGCUAUGUUUAGAAAGAUGGUCACAUUCCUGUACAAUGAGUUUGAAGAGAAAGCACCAAAUUUUAGUAGUAGUGUAUAUUCGUUGCUGUUGAUGUAUUUUAUGACGUCAUUAGCUAAACAAGGUGUUUUAAAACAUGUGGUAUCAACUAUAAUAACAGAACUGGAACAGUUGCCAUGGAAAACAAUCAAACCUGAUCUACAAUUGUUAGAAACAAUGAUCAAGGUGAAAGAAGUAAGUCCUGAGCCAUGCUUCCAUCUAGUUGGUUAUAUAUUAACGCAAGCAGACUGGAAUGUGAUCUGGGAUUAUCAUAUAAUCCAUCAACCUCCGGAUAUCGCCAGUAGAUUUCAAUCAACUCUAUUAGUUUUAAUGAUUCAAACUAACGGAACAGCAUCGUUAUUACAAAAACAAGAAACAGUUCAACUUUUAUCAGAGAUGGAAUCGAGACAAUGGAAUUUUAUAACAUUAUCAAGUUAUAGAAAUGCUAGUAAUGUCUUUCUCAUGACAGCUGAACCGAAAUGUGUGUUAGCAGAACGAUCCAAUCCUUCAUCACGUGGUUUAGCGUUAAUGAAGAAAGCUGGAUGUUUUACAGCUGAAUUAAGUGGAUCAUGGUCUGGGGAUUUACAAGCUAAACGACAGAUGUAUAUACAUACUGUCACAUCAUUAUUAUGUCAGUGUACCUAUCUAGACGAUGUUAACCCUGAUAAUUUCUCUACUGUUAUAGUUAACCUACUCUCUGAUAUUGAACAUGUUGAAAGUUCAGUUGUUGACUGGAGAAACCAAGAUAUUGAAGCAGUCGAAUUAAUGAGAGUGUUUCUAAGUCUGUUGAAUAACGGAAAUCCCCAGGGACCAUGGAAAGAUCUAAUAAUAGCAACCAUUAAUCAGUGGAUAGAAUCCUCACCACAAAGUUUAUUAUUGUUACCAUUUAUCAAAGCUUCAUCACGGCAUCUAGCAUCAUAUUCUCAUAUCGCUCAAAUAACAGAAACUUGUAUAGAUGUUCUCUUUAAAUGUGAAAGAAACAAACAGGAAUGGACGCCUAUUUUAGCAGCGUUUCAGAUACCAGAGACUAACCAUGCUGGAUUUAUUAAAGAUGCUAUUAAUCAGGGUGCUUACCUGGUACUACAGACAUAUCUAUUACAACAGAUACCAUUCUGUCAGAGUCUAGCCGAUGAAUUCCAAUUGAUGGAGAUGACGAUUGAUUGGACAGAACGAGUUAAACCAGGGUGUGAAAAUGAAAGUAAAUUGUUAAUAUGGUGGUGGAAGUUAUUACAGUUAAUGAAAUAUUAUAUAGAAAGAGAUGGUUCGAAACAAGAGUGUGUUAAAUUAUUAUACAGGUUAAUAGCAGCUUUACAGAUACUGGGUGAAGACCGAACUUCUAGUGGUCUACUCGGAGCUAUCGGGUUCGGACGAAAGUCUCAACUCUCUUUAAGAUUCCGUAUAACAGUGAGAGUAUUAGCAGCCUUCUUAGCCUCUCAGAUAAUCAGCGUUACAACCAUCCGAAUGACAGCUUCACAGAAAACAUCUACUACACCAGCAGCUAAACAAACAAUGUUGGCAUUACAGACAUUAAAGACUAAUCGUGAAUACAUCGAGUACAAGGAUCAGUGUAAUAUGUUGUGUGUUUUUAUUGACGAUGAGCGGAUGUGUUUCGGUCACGCUGUCUCGUUACUUAGUCAACUCGUGAAAGCGUUUUACUCAGAUAAACUUUAUUUAAAUGUUGUAUCAGCCGACGAAUCAUAACCAUCGAAAUAUAAAAUAAACGAGUUGCAGCAUGAAUAAUCGUAACAGUAAUAUCGGCAUUUUCUGUAAAUCAAAAACAGUUUGUGGCUGUGGUGUAGAGUAAUGUUCGUCUGUCGUCGUCGACAAUGAUCAUAGCUUCACGAUAUUGAUUGGAGUGAGUAUUAUAAUGCGCUAAAGUAUUCAUCACAAUACUGAAAGGUUCUAAUUGCUGACAGCGUCUGUGACCUUUGUAAACAUGAAUCAGGAGUCUGGGUAUACAUCAGUUUGACUGGUUGGGAAAAUGAAACCAGGCUGUGUAGUAGAGAACACAUUUAUUGCAUAACAGCUGUUGUAUACAUCAGUUGGACUGGUUGGAGAAAUGAAACCAGGCAGUGUAGUAGAGAACACCUCUAAUACAUAACAGCUGAUGUACCAGUGAUAUACUCAAAGAUGAGUUACCAGAAAUAACUUUUCUGGGCAUGCUCAUACAAAUGAACCAAUCAAUACAUAACAUAACAUAAGUGGAGACAAAAUUAAUCACUGCUAUAAAUUAUUUAGAUUUUAUUAUUGUUACUGUUAUAUUUAUUAGUGUAUACAGAGUUGUAUUCCAUAUGAAUAAUUUAUAAUUAAUUUGAUCAUUACCAGAGAUUGUUAUCUAUACUUAAUAUUUGAUUAUUCUAUAUGUUUUGUUUAAAGUUACAAUUUCAUAUUUUCUAAGGGAUUUAAAACAUAAUUAUUUCUAUGUAUUUUGCUCAAUAGGUUGUCAACUCACUAUUAUACGAUCAUAGGUUAUCUUUCUCACACUUAAAAAUCUUCACACCGGAAAUAAUAACACAAUUACCUCCCUUGUUUUCCCCUUUCACCACCAUGGAAUAGCUGUCUUCAAACGUUUAAAUUUGAAGUUGAAAAUGAUAUUUUUGCCAAUUUCUCAACUGGCAAUAGUGAAUUAUAGGAUUAAUAGGAUUAUUCUUUAACAAGGUAGGACUGUUUAUAGAUACCAUCUAUUUUAGGGCUUUAUUUUAAUACAUUUUAAAAAUAUAACUUAAAAAUAUGAAAUUGUAACUUUAUUUCUUACUGAUUAUUUACAAUGUGAGGAAAUGAUGAUUUUAUAGACUACCCAAUAAUAAUAAAAUUAAUGUGAUAGUUAUUAGACAUCCAAGCGGUGUAUUGGAUGACAGAUUGGUUAGCGCGUGCGUGUUGCAUCAUAUGGUUUGUCAUUGAGUCAACUGGCGUGGUUUCGAUUCCCCGGUUGUACGUGACAAGGAGUAGGGUUGCCUGUCCAACCUCGUAGGUUUUCUCCAGGUCCUCCGGUUUCCUCCCACUGCUAAAGACCCCUACGCGCAAGCGAAUUAUUGAAAUGAAAUUGAACAAUAUGUUAGUCCCAAAAUGACCUAGUUUGUGUCAAUUGGACAUUAAACCCUCACCCUCUUAAAAUAAUAUCUAUACAUUUUAUUAAACAUCAGACUUUUUCUUAACAGUAUUUACUUUUGUGAGACCGAGAAAAAUGACAAUAUAUUUUCAAUGAAUUUACAUUAUUUUAUUAGUUUGUUACCUUUAACAUGCAAUAACCUAUUCAUUUUAUGUGUAGAUGAAAUUGGAAAUAAUAUUUCUUUACAUAAUGAGACCUGUAGUCAGCAAAAAAUGAACACUCUAACAAAUAAUGGAAUUCGUCUCCUAUUUUUAGUCUACAUAGAUGAAAUUUUCACUAGGGACCGGGUAUCAUUCAGAUUUGAUGAAAAAAGGAAAGAAACUGAGCUUACGCAUCUAUAAUCUAAUACACAUAUUCAGUUAAUAGAUUGCCAUGCAGAAAGUAUUAAAUACCAUCAAGAUUCAUCAAAAAACGCCCAGUUUGUGCUACUGUUUAGUUUGACAUCGGUUGUCUAGUUUAUGAAACUAAAUGGUCAUAAACUGGAUGACCAAUAUCAAAACUAAACUAAAUGGUCAUAAACUAGAUGACCGGUGUCAAAACUAAAUAAUGUUUCUUAAACUAAACGGUAGCACAAACUGGCGUUAUUUGAUGAAUCUUGAUGGUAUUUAAUACUUCCUGCAUGGCAAUCUAUUAACUGAAUAUGUGUAUUAGAUUAUAGAUGGUAAGCUCAGUUUCUUUCCUUUUUUCAUCAAAUCUGAAUGAUACCCGGUCCCUAGUGUUUCUUUCCUGUCUUGGUAUAUUGGUAUAGGAUAAAAUCUCAAUAGGCAAUCUAUGACUUCUACUUCGCAAUUUUGAGAUAUUUUGUGGGUAGAUUUAACAUGUAGUCUUCUAAUUCAAAUUGUUUCUUAAAUAUUCUGUAAUUAAAACAUUUACUACUUUCUAAUAUUUUUGUAUUCCAGUUCGGCACAAACUCACCUUUUAACUUUUUUAAUAACGUUUGCUUCAACCAUUUGCGAUUAACAUUUUGACCCUGUUGGUGCCAUAUAUAAGAAAGACCAGCAUUAUCUAGGACCAAAUUAAUAUGCCACCUGGCGGGCUCCCGCUCUAGGAUUCCCUCUUCCGAAGCUAGCAGCGGGUCGCACGGCCCUCAGAGCCAAUCCUUCUCCCGAAGUUGUCUGCGAUAUCACCUCGGUGGAAGCGGACGUAAAAUACAACUAACCCAUCAUCAUAUCUAGGACCGAUUUAACGUUAUUAAUCCAACCAAAAUUAUUAUAUACAGUACUAAUAAACAACAUAAUGCUAUAUGUCAAUUGUCUACAAUUGGGCUAGUGAUAACCACCAUUUUUAUUAUUCCUUAUACCUUACUAUCUGUUCAAUUAGCAUAUUAUACCAUAAAAAAUCAAAAUCAUGUCGCUCCACGAAGACGACAUUAGGCUUGUGAUUUUGGUGUCGAUCUGCUUGAUGUUUGACUAAAUCAUGGAUGAUUUGUAGUUAUAGAACAGGAACACUCUGUAAUUCAGGGUGUGUAGAUUUUUAUUAUAGCUAAUUUACAUAAAUUACCGGUACAUAAUGAACCUGUACAACAAUAUUUUACUGGUAAUACAAUAAAUAUAUCAAAUUAUCAUUCAGUAAACAGAUACUGAUCAUUUCAAGAUUUAACUUCUAUUAAAUUGUGUGUCUAUGUUAGAUGCAGUAAUAUACUGGUGUGUAAUAUGACUUAUUGGCUUUAACAUAUAUUUAUAUUUACAUAUAUUAAACAUUUAAAUUGAUAUAAAA